CCCAGAUUGCCAUGUUUGCAUUUGCGGCCGGCCUCGCGCCACGACGUCAUCAAUGAUCAUCCGGGUCGCUGCUACUAGGCACUGAUCAACGUCACUGGCGUGCUCUGGAAAGCUCAACACAACGCUCUGUGAGCGAGACUUGGAAAACUCUCAUCGUGAUAACUUGCAUGUGCUCUAUUGAAAACCUCAUCUAUCCCAUCCUGCCACGAACUAGUCAAGGACAAAAACAACCCAUCAUCCAUAAGACCCCCCCCCAAUCACCAUGGCCAACCAACAACCAUCCAACAUCGAGCCCUACAUUCAACCGAGCAACCCCAUCACGAAGGAACCACUCGAAAACAAAGUUGCUGACAACCGUGCCCGUGACAACUCCUCAGCCCAAGGCAACGUCGAUGUGCCAUCGGAGCGCUCUCAAGAAGGCACCUUCAGUUCCCUAGGCAGCGGUGUCCAAGGCGGCAGCGGACCAGUGGACGCAACAGAGGCGAGGAGCACAGGCAGCAUGGGCAGCGGGGCUGCCGAGCAGCUGCAGAACCCGAACGUAAACGCGGAACAGCUAGCCACGUUCAGCGAGGGCAAGGUCGCCGACGCGGUGCAGCGCAAGAGCGGCAUCCAAAAGGCGCCCGAUGACGGCGAGGUCAAGUAUGACGACUACGCGAGUGACCUGGAUAGGAAAAAGGCUGAGCAGGCGGCCGCGCGUGAUGACAUCAAGGCGGCAAGGGAAGCUGGAGUGGAUGUCGAUGGGGGAUCUGCAGGUGGCAACGUGAGAGGUGCUGUCCAGGUCGACUAGUAGCACGAUGUGAUAUUUCACAGUGGGUUUGUUGGUGGGCAAUACUCCCAUAGACGAACCUACAUGUCUUGCUCAAGUGCAGCAUUUUCUUGCGAUCCUGUCAAACUUAUAAAGGAGAACAUGGUCACACAGAC